UCUGACUCUGUUGUGAAACACAUGCCUCAAGGAUUACUCCAAAGGAAGUCUUGGAAACAGCUAUUCUUUCCCUGCCAAGGUAAACUGCGACUCAAGGAACAAUCUUCAAGAAGUGGAAAAAGUAGCUCCUGUGAAGUGACAAACUUUCCUCAGAAAAUCCACGAUGGAACGAAACUACGUCAUGUCUCUCCUGGUCUUUUGCACCCUCAAUAAGCUGCUUGUGAUGGCAACCCCUGAAGAUGACCUGCUGGAGCAUCUGAACCAAAUCGCCACGGCCCAGUACGAGUGUUUCCAGAGGAUGGUACAAGAUUCCCACCGCAGAACCAAAUCAAUAGGGCCAGUGUGCAACACCACGUGGGAUGGGUGGCUGUGCUGGGAUGAAACUGAAGCCGGACCAACAGAGCAGAGCUGUCCGGACUACUAUAAAGAUUUUGAUCCUCAUGCAAUGGCCUCCAAAGUGUGCUCAGAAACGGGCGAGUGGGGACGCCACCCCGAGAGCAACAGGACGUGGACCAACUUCACAAACUGCCAAGCCAACACCACGCAUCACGGGAGAGCGGCAAUGACUCACUUCUACCUUGUUAUGAUUGGUCACGGCCUGUCGAUGGUAUCACUGCUCAUAUCGUUAGGAAUAUUCUUCAAUUUUAAGAGUCUGAGCUGCCAGAGGAUAACGCUCCACAAAAACCUCUUCCUCUCAUUCGUGCUGAACUCCAUCAUCACUGUUGUCUGGCUUACAACUGUGGUAAAGAAACAGGGACACACGUACAACGAUUCUGUAUGCUGCAAGCUGCUCAUGUUCAUCCACCUGUACCUGCUGAGCUGUAACUACUUCUGGAUGCUGUGUGAGGGCAUCUACCUCCACACCCUGAUCGUGGUUGCGGUGUUUGCAGAAAAACAACACCUCGUGUGGUACUACCUGCUAGGCUGGGGUUUUCCACUCGUGCCGACAUUGAUACAUUCGAUAGCGCGCUACUCCUUCUACAACGACAAAUGUUGGGUCAGCUCAGAUACCUCCUUGCUGUACAUUAUCCAUGGCCCCAUCUGUGCAGCAUUGGUGGUGAAUCUUUUCUUCCUGCUGAACAUCGUUCGGGUUCUUAUCACAAAGCUGAGAGUGACGCAUCAGGCCGAGUCCAGCCUCUACAUGAGGGCGGUGAGAGCAACGCUCAUCCUCAUCCCCCUCCUCGGCAUCCAGUUCGUGCUGGUCCCCUACAAGCCCCAAGAGCACUGGGUCUCUGAGAUCUACCUGUACGUCAUGGAGAUCCUCAUGCACUACCAGGGUCUCUUGGUUUCUACAAUUUUCUGCUUCUUUAACGGAGAGGUUCAGAGCGUUCUGCGGAGGAAUUGGAACCAGCAGCGGAUGCAGUUUUCUGGCACGUUUGCCAACGCCGACUUCUUCCGCUCGGCCUCCUACGUGGCGUCGUCGCUCACAGAGGUCCACCGCUGCUACAGCAUUGAGAGCCACACCGAGCACAUGAACGGCAAGAGCUACUCAGACAUCUUCAGAUCGGACAGCCCUUUCGUGUGAAGGAGACACGUGAGACACCGUUUCUUUGACCUCUACCACGAUGUUACCAAGAUUGACGUCUUCUUGGAGUGUUACUACUGUUCAUGGGAGAUGAAUACAAACUUUGUGAUUAUUUUUAAAUCUCUCAUCCAAAAAAACUAAAAACUAAAUUACCCUUUUUCACAAAUAUUACCAAAACAAAAGGACACCCUACAAAUAUUCAAAGGACCCAUUGCCGGACAAAAGGAAGACCCCCUGAAUCUAACGGUGUCACUGUAAAGCAUUAACUUAAGGAUUUCAUGCUUUUUUCCAUCGUGUGGAUUAACUUGAAGAUACCAUUUUAAAAUGGGUGGUUGGUGCUGUGGAAAGGUGAUGCACGAAAACCCUGUUUUCACAACUCAUCUCUUGAUAGCAAGAGCCAGAGUUAGCAGGAGCUAGCAUAAUGGCGCACUUGAAAUAGCAACAAAUAAGUUGGAAAGAAAAACUUAAUGCCAAUCAGUCAAGAAAAGUAAAAUAAGUAGCAUGCUUUUUUUUGUUAGACUAUACAGAACUACACCAAAAAGUACAAACGUAAAAAUAGAGCAAAUAAUUAGCUUGCUAGCUAAAUGUCAUUCCUGCUUUUUAACUACUUUUAAUUAAAUGCAUGCAACUCAGAGUUUUCUAUUUAUGUAUGAGGUCUUAGAAGAUAAGUCAGGCUCACUGUUCCUGCCUAAUAUCUGAUAUUCCAAAAUGCUGGGGAGACUAAGAUUCACAGAAGAAAAUGUCUUGUGUUCUGUAUGAAUAUGACAUAUGGAGGCACAACAUAUGAAGCCUUUAGUGAACUAUUUAUACUUAGUCAGCUAAGAACACAUCCUUGUACAGUACUUAUGUUACGUUUGUCCACAGACUGCAACUGGUUAAUCACUGUAGUAGUAUCAACCUUCUAGAGGAAUACAAAAAAAAGAAUUCAGCAGGAACUGACAUGUUGAUUGACUGAUAAGAUAAAGUUAGUCACCUUCAGUAAAAUACAAUGUUACUUUCCUGUCGAGUGAAGAGCUGCUGGUUUCAGCCUUUCCAAACAGGAAAUACACUUUUUCACUUCCUUGACGAGGUUUGGGUGAGAAGAUCAAAACCACUCGGUCUGUUCAGUAAGAAUGUGCUUAGCUUAGCUUAGCAUAAAGAGCGGAAACUAAACCUUUAAAUCUGAAGCACUGAAUAUUUUAUAAUGCUAAAAAAAUAGUUACUAUAAUGUACUAUAAUGAUUUAGAACAAUUUCAAAGCAUUGAGGGGUCCGAAAGACUGGAAAAGCACUGUAUAAAUGACGUCCAUUUCACAUUUCCCAUUGAGUAUGCUAUGUUAGCUUAGCAUAGCAUAAAGAGACCGCGAUUUCUUCAAAAAAACACACGUAAAAAGAAUAUAGCUUGGGUUUUCUGCACACAGAAUCUCAAUAAUAAUAGGGCUUUGUAUUAACACAGGCAACUUUGAAAGGAGAAGGAUAUAUAUUAUCUAAAAUAUUCAAAAUAAAUGGUUUGAAUCACAGAAGUGUGUUUUCCCAUGCUUUUACACUAGGGUGACCAGACGUCCCCGUUUUCCGGGGACAGUCCCCGUUUGUAUUGGCCUGUCCCCGGUUGAAACUGUCCCCGGAAAUGUCCCCGUUUUUUAAUAUACGUUAAAAACACAUAGCAAGGUGAAAUAAAACGUUUCAUGUCAGGAAACACUGGGUAAACAGACUGUGGUCAAGCCAGCCCCCACUUCGGAAAACACAGUCAA